AUGACGGACGCUAAAAUGAAAAAUUCAUCUUCGGAAGAUCUCAAUGGACAGCUGGCUUCCGAUGAUGACAAUGAGAUGGAUUUACCUCCAGCAUCAUGUAUGGAGGAGAGAACAAACAGUUCUCCGUUCAACAAACGAAAUUUAGAGGCGAAGAUAAAAGAUUGCACUCCCGAUGAAGUGAGCAAAGCUCUUCUUGAGGAAAUUGAAGCAAAGGACGUUGAAAUUAGAGAGCUUAAAGAUCUUGUUGAAGAGUUGAGAACCUGUAAUAGAGAUAUAGAAACAUUAUUUUCGGAUGACUCGGAGGACAUGAUGGAGUUAAGAGACAAGAAACUCAUCGAAAUUGCUAAGAAAAAUAAGAAUAUAAUUGUGAAAUUGAAUAAGGAAAAAGCACGAGUGGUGGCCUUGACGCAACAACUACAAAAACUUCAAUCAAUCACGUCACAAAAAACACCAGUAACCAACAACAAUAAUAUUCGACAUUUUACCUCUAAAAAUGUAAAAGAGACCUCCUCAAGUGUAAAUACAUCAACUAACGGAGAUACUGACGAGGAUGGUGACGACGAGACAUUGAAAAUGAUGAACCAAUUCAAAGAAAAAGCCAUCGCCAAUGAAAAACGGGUGAAAAUGUUAAGAGAGCAAGGUGAAAAAUAUAAAACAGAAAAUAUGAAACUAAGAGCGCUCAUACAGAAAGAAGUCGGCGAAGAUGUACAGAUUGAUUCUCUCUUGAACAACAGUGAAGGUUUUAGAGGAAGAGCUCAACAAAUUUAUUUGCUCAAAAUCAAAGUCAAAGAUUUACAAACAAAGAUUGACCAAUUCUCACACAGCCCUCAACCAAACUCGAGCUGUACCUCUGUAAAUUCUACGACCGUAUCUCCUAACAUGGAAACAUCGUCAACAAUUUCAACACUUUCUUCGGUUUCAGUGGAUGAACGCCAAAGAAAGGCCAUUGAGAAACUGGAACAGGAGCGCAAAGCAGAAUUAUUUGAUUUGAAGAAGGAAUUAUCAGAAAAGAAUGAAGAGAUUAAGCAAGUGAAAGGAAAGCUCGAGGCCUCUGUUGCUCGAUGCAAGAAUUUAGAGAAAUCGUACAAUGAAAUGAAGGCAAAACAAACGAGAAUGCUUGAAAAAACAGAGAAUGACAACAAAUAUAUUGCAUUGUUAAAGGCAGAGCUUGACCAAGCCAAGAAAAAAGGUCUGACAAAAUCCGGAUCCACCACAAAUGUAACUAGUUCUCCGCAGCAGGAGCAAGAAAUUAAGAAAUUGACCAAAGAAUUGGAACAAAAAGAAGAAAUUAUUCGAUACUUGAAAAACGAGCUACAAACUACAAGCAAGAAAGCUCUGGAGUCCAUGCAGUUGAGUUUGCUUUCCUCUACCGACAUUAAACAGGCAGGUAUUGUCGAUAAAAGUGGCGAUGAAGAAGCAAAAUUGAAGUUGACAAUUUCCACCAUUGAGGUCGAAAAGUUGAGAGAGCUGAAGAAAAUGUCUCAACAAAAAAUUAUGGAAUUGGAACAAAAACUGCUGGAAGCGAAUGAAAUGCUGCUGAAGGAGCGAAUGACGAAUGCAGAGCUCGAACGAAAAUGUCAUCAAUUUAUGAAAGGAGAAAAGCCAAUUUUCGAAGCGAUCACAAAUCCUCAAUUAGAAGAUGAAAUUGCAAUUUUACGAGAUGAAAAUGAGGCUCUUAAACAAACGAUCGAGCAUUCGAAAAGAGCGAAGGAGGAAGAAAUCAAAUCUUACCUUGAUAUCAUUGACUCUCAAAAGCGCAACUAUGAAACUUAUAUUGGUACUUUGAAAGAAAAACUUAGCAGUGUCUCCAGCAAGAGUACGGACACACUUCCCUCCAUUCGACAAAGUUCUCCUCAACCACCACCAUUGUCAAAAGACGAUGAAAAAAGUUCUUCCAAUGAGUCCAAAUUGCUGGAAGAAAAUGAACAAUUGAAAAAACAAUUAUCCGAAAUUAAGAACAUGUACAAUUCAUUAGCAUUCUCCCAACAGCAACGAAAGAAAUUCACUCUCAAGUAA